UUACCUAAGCGAUCCUGCGGUCGUGACGUCACAAAUCAGUCCCGAACUCUCUUCGCUUUCCCCCAAACCACGGAGGAGAGAAAUUGUCUUGACAAAGUCUCCCCCUUUUUUUAGUUCCCCCCAAUUUUUCCAAUCCAUUUCACACAGAAAGGGGGGGGUCUAGGGAUUACACACACACAAACACUUCGUAUAUAUAAUAAUCCAUUCGAGGUUUCCUCCUCUCUCUCUCUCUCUUUUGUUUUAUUACUUUAUUUUGGGUUUUUUUUUGGUAAAUUUAUUUUUAUUUUGUGUUGUUUGAAGCAGGAAUACAACAACAACAACAGCAACAGCAACAACAAUUAGAAAGUCUUGUAAGAAAUGUCGGGAAAGAGAGCCAGUACAACGGCCACGGCCCGCUUGAAACAAGACUACAUGAGAAUCAUCAAAGACCCCGUACCAUACGUAGAAGCCGUGCCACUUCCGUCAAACAUUCUGGAAUGGCAUUACACAGUGGUAGGACCAGAAAAUUCUCCAUAUGAAGGUGGAAUGUAUCAUGGGAAGUUAAUUUUCCCACGAGAAUACCCAUUUAAGCCACCCAGUAUAUACAUGCUGACUCCGAGUGGCCGUUUCAAGUGCAAUACCCGAUUAUGUCUAUCAAUCAGUGAUUUUCAUCCCGACACAUGGAACCCAGCCUGGUCAGUCUCCACUAUCCUCACAGGGCUCCUCAGUUUCAUGUUGGAGAAAAGUCCAACUCUGGGCAGCCUAGAAACUUCAGAUUAUACAAAGCGUCAGUUUGCCUCGUUAAGUAAACAAUUCAAUUUACAGAACAAGACUUACUGUGAGCUGUUCCCAGACAUUGUUGAGAAUAUCCGCCGUGAACAGAAGCUUCAACAACAGAACGCAUUAUCUGCAGAACAGUCCGAUGGUAACACAGCUAAUGGUAACACGACAAACAACCCUGUACAACUGAGACAGAACUGUAGCAGUGGCUUCAGCAAUGCCGUCAUUAAUCUGUUGGUCGUCGUCGUCUUUGCAGCCUUUGCCUAUAUUGUGAAAUAUGUUCUUACUAGCGGACUGGAGUAAGCCAGUGGAAAAAAAAACAAUUUGCCUAUGGACAUGUGUAUUUCUUUACUCCCUCUGACCCCACCUCUCUCUCUCUCUCUCUCUCUC